GUAUUCAGAAAAAGGCUUGUGAUCAGAGAACUCGUUUGACAGAAGUCGCAGGAGACUUUCACACCGUCAACAUGGUUGAGUGGACAGAUGCUGAGCGCUCCGCCAUCACUUCCCUGUGGGGAAGCAUAAAUGUGGCUGAAAUUGGACCCCAGGCUCUGAGCAGGCUUCUGAUCGUAUAUCCGUGGACUCAGAGACACUUCACAUCCUUUGGCAACCUGUCCACCAACGCCGCCAUCCUUGGAAACCCUAAGGUGGCCGAGCACGGAAAGACAGUGAUGGGUGGGCUGGAAAAUGCUGUUAAGAACAUGGACAACAUCAAGAGUACCUACGCCAACCUGAGCGUGAUGCACUCCGAGAAGCUCCAUGUGGAUCCUGAUAACUUCAGAGUCCUUGCUGAGUGCAUCAGUGUGUGUGUGGCUGCCAAGUUUGGCCCCUCCGUCUUCACCGCUGAUGUCCAGGAGGCCUGGCAGAAGUUCCUGGCUGUGGUCGUCUCUGCCCUGGGCAGACAGUACCACUGAGGGUCUGGAGACGCAGUUCCCUAAAUACGUGCAGCAGUCUUACAAGUGCUCCUGAAAUGUUCCGCCUUGUAACUGUUGACAAAUCCACGAAAUAAAAGUCAAAUUAAAUGCA